GUGCUGUGCUUGAACAAGGGAGCAUUGCUAAAGCAGGUGUUUGUGCUCAGCAGAGCAGCAACACCCAGAGAAGGCCGUCUGUGUGCUGCAGGUGAUGCACUUGUGAGUUGCUACAGACACUACAGAUCUCGUCCUACGCAUGGUAUUGGGAGGUUUAAGUAUCUGCUCCCAAAGGAGGCUUCAAAAAAGAAAAAGGAUAAAGUACAGAUGAAAGAGAUAAAUGUUGGGACUGAAUAUGAGUACGGAGAUAUCAACAUCCAGAUGACUUCCUAUGAUAUGUGUCUUGUGGAGCAUUUUGCUCAGUAUGUGCAUAAACUCUGCAACCGACUCUCCAUUAAGGUGAAUGAAAGCUACGCGAUGCCCACCAAAACCAAUGAAGUGCUGUUCUUGGAAGAGCGAGGUUCCAAAAUGCAGCUGGAUGCAGUCGUUACUACCCAUCAGAGGGUUGUCCAGGUAUGAGCUGGCGUUUGCUGA